CCCCCCCCCUCUCUUUCUCCCUUUCAUCUCGAUUACACGAACUUUAUAUACGAUUGUUCGAUCGAUAUCCACUAUCGCGAGUAAUAUAAUUAAUCGUGCGUUGAUGGGAAAUAUACUGUAAUUAACUCUUUUCGAUAAUAGUUUAAUCAUUUCGUUGCUAAAUACGAGUUCGAGUAAUUUCAAGUGCGUCGAUAAUACGAGCCAUACCGUAUUAAUAAAUAAUUAACGUGAAUUCAAUCGGAUCCAUCUUGAAGUAAUAGCCGAAUAAAAAUUAAAACGUUCAUUGAUCCGAUAAUGAACGUAAUUAGAAAGUAACGCGUUAACGCGUAUUCGCCAUAUCGAAAAAAAAAAUCACGUAUAUGGGACAUCGAGCAACAAGGGAGAAAAGGCAAAGGGAACAACGAUAAUAAGAAUAACAAGAGCAACAACUAAGAAGAUAACUUAUUGAUAAGAUACAAAAGGAAUCAUUUGUACGGAGGAUUAAGUUUCACACUUGAAUAUCGUGUAAUUGAUUAUGGAAAGUUAGUUGAACGAAGAUGUUGAUGAGCGCGUGUCUACCCUUACUAAUUGUAACUACUUCGUUUAAUCUGAUACAUCCGACGGAUGCAGUAAAUGCAACAACGAGCUCUUCGCAAAAUGAAAAAAGUGACGAGGAUGAUACGAGGGAUGUUAUCAGACGUGGAGAAUUCGUAACCGAUGUCCUUGCACAAAACGGUGGUAGUGCUCUACUUCCCUGCAAAUUCACCGAUUCUGGAAUAAUAACAUGGAUAAGACGAAAGGACAAACAGCUUUUGACAUUAGGAAAAAUCACCUAUUCCAUAGAUACGAGAUUUACCGUUCUACCGGAUAAGCCUAAUUGGAAUUUAUGGAUUAGGAAUGUUAAACAAGAGGACGCUGGUAUCUACGAAUGUCACAUACAAACGGACCCAGGGAAACAACGAUUGAUACGUUUGAACAUUACCAAUGCCUACUCCGUUAUACCAGGAAGUCCAGAUUUACAUGUGAAACAAGGAUCAAAUUUACGUUUGGAAUGUCGAUUGAUGGCGUUCGCAGAAACACCGAGUUUUAUAUUUUGGUAUCGCGACGAUCGUAUGAUCAAUUAUGACGACGAGCCUGGGGUCAAGAUCGAGGCUACGAAAAAUGGAUCAGUACUUCUCGUUGGUAAAGUUAGAUUAUCUCAUGGUGCUAAUUAUACUUGCUUACCGAGCAAUGCAAGGCCUACUUACAUCAGGAUACACGUUAUCGAAGAGGAAGAAAAUCCAGCGGCCAUGCACGAUAGCGGCGAUCGAAGAAGUUCAACGUCCAAUACGAGAUACGACAACCAUGUCUUCGUAUACUUCCUUACAAUUUUUUCACUCGGAACUUUCGAAUUAAUAUUUUCGAAAAAUUACUUAUCAACAACGUGACUGUCAAUUUCAUAUAUUGUACUAUUUCAUAUGGAUCGUGCAUAUUGACGUAAGUUUUAUCAAAUAUUAUUGAUGAUCGUGCCAUUAAAAAAACAAGACGAUUGUUUUGUCGUUAAAAUGAUUCAUUAGAAAAACAAAAAAAAAAGAAAAAAGAAAAAAAAGAAAAAAAAAUAUUACCAUCUCUCGAUUAUCAUGGGAUAAUGGAAUAUUUAAAAACGAAAUUGCAAUUUAUUUACAAUUGUAAUUUAUUUAUAAGUAACGUUAGAAUAAUCUAAUUCGAUUCGAAAGCUCUUAUGAAACACAAUACAUCUAAUAAACAUUGAAAAUUCAUUAUUCGUAAUGUUAACUCGUAAAAAGAGAUUUAUCGCAAUUAAAGGAUUCAUCGUAACCAUUGAUUUCUUACGGAUGAUAUAAAAGAAAAAAAAAAAAAAGAAAAAAAAAAAAAGAGGAAAAAAACAAAGAAAGAAAGGAAGAAAAAAAAUAUAUCAUAAUUCUAACGAAACACAUUAGAGAAAAAUUUAUAUUUAAGAAAUUCUUUAUAAAAUUUCACACGUAAUGGAAACAAACGCAAAAUCGUAAUUUCUUGUUUUUUUUUUUUUUUUUUUUUUUUUUUUUCAUCGAGACUAUACAUUCAUUUCUUACGAACGAUUAAUAAAGAGAGAAUAAAUUCGUUGACGUAAUAGAAAAAUCAGAUUCUAAAAGAAAAUGAAGAAAAAGAAAAAAAAAAAAAAAGAAAAAAAAAAAGAAAAAAAAGGAGAAAAGAUAUAGAGAAUCUUUAAUGAACCAAUCCGUUUACAAGAACAUUCUAAGGAAACUUAGUAAAUUCUCUAGGAAGUUAACUCAAAGGAUACGUUUCGAAUAUCACAAGAGUAUGUAUAUCAUUUCUCCCGUGUAUACGUCUGUGUGUCUGUGUGUAUCUGUAUGUAUCUGUAUGUGUGUAUCUGUAUGUGUGUGCGUUUGUGUAUAUAUACGUGUAUAUCUAAUCUAAUACAAUAUCGAAAACUUCCGACGUCAUUAUUAAGGGAAAAUUUCGACCUCGUCUUCUCUCUCUCUCUCUCUCUCUCUCUCUCUCUCUCUCUCUCUGUCUGUCUGUCUGUCUCUAUCUCUCUCUCUCUCUGUCUCUAUCUCUCUCUCUCUCUGUCUCUGUCUCUGUCUCUGUCUGUCUCUAUCUCUCUCUUAUAGCGAAGUUACGUGGUUAUAACUUUUGACACGCGUUACAAUCCGCCGUCUUGACGAUACUAAACUUUCCGCCAUUUUUGUCUUCCACCCUCUCUUCUCUGUACACGUUACUUUCCUUCGCCUACUCCCCGAUCCUAAAACUCUCGUCGAACGGGAUGCAAACGAGAAACGAUAGAUCGACGUCGAGGCAACCCUAUUGUUAAGGGGCAUUAAAAUUCCCCUAGCUAGAAAAAAAGAAAAAGAAAAAAAAAAAAGAAAAAAAAAGAAAAAAAGGAUAACAACAACAACAACAACAACAAAAAAGCUCCGGUGAACAUUUUUCAUUUUUCGUUGCUCUAUUUUUUCUUUUUUUUUUCUUUUUUUUUUUUUCUUUUCUUUUUAGAGGGAUGGACUCUACUAUAGCUGGAUGAGAAGAGAAGUAGGAGUAGGAGGGGCCGGACGGAAUGGGACGGGGAGAGAAGGGAUGUUGGACUGGACGGAGGAAUUACUUUUCUUUUUUCCUUAUCUUUUUUGUUUCAUUUUUUUUCCUCUUUCCCUUCUUUUUUUUUUCCUUUUUUUUCCUUUUUUUCCUUUCUUUCUUUCUUUCUUUCUUUCUUUCUUUCUUUCUUUCCUUCCUUCUUUCUUUCACUUCUUUCCUUCUUUCUCUUUCUCUUUUUCAACGUAGCGUGUUCCGCCAUUCUCUCCAUGCGCGUCUAAUACGAAAGUAUUGUAUAAUGCAUUACUUUAUGUCAGAACAGUCACGCGCUUCGCAGCACGAUUUUUCGCAGUUAGCUGGGCACUUUAUUAAAUUCCACGCUACCAGGCGCGACGUCUUGAAUGCGUUUUAAUUAAUCCAGUAAUUGAAGGUAUAUAUCGCGGUAGAAGCGAAUAAUAAUUUUCUACCUCAUUGAAAAUCUUCUCUCAUAUUUUAGAAUCUGAAUUCCUACCGAUAUCGUAGAUAUAUAUCCUAUAUCUAUGGUAUAUAUUGUAAUCAACAUUUUAUUUGUUCUCUUCUUUCAUCGGUUAAAAAAAAAAAAAAAAAACAGAAAAAAAAAUAAACAAAAAAAAGAAAAAAAAUAUUCUUGAACGAUGUAUAUUCUGUAAAGGGGGAGAGAGAGGAGGAAAAAAGAAAAGAACGAAAAAAAAAUCGAUCGCCGUUAUUCCUUCUUCGAAAGAAAAGCACGAUCAUUUUCAAGACUCACUGCACAACAAUCAAUAAUAAUAACAACAACAACAACAAUAAUAACGAUAAAAAUAACGAUAACGACAAAACAAUGAACUAUGUCUAUGUAUAAAUGUGUUCAUCGAUAUAUAUAUAUAUAUAAAAUAAUCUCGAUAUUGUGAAAAUUAAUUUUGAAAAAUAUGUUCAAAGAAAAAUUGAAAAUCAUGAAUUAGAUGUAAUUGAUAAUAUGUCGUAUUAAUAAUGGGAAAAAAUAAAAAAAAAGAAAGAAAGAAAAAUAAAAGAUAAAGACAGA